UCUUCUGUAUACACAGAGUUGUAUGCGCUUACCACUCAGGUUCAUGCGCUAUAUAUUGCCAGCAUCGUCUGCCACAGUCGACUAUUACUAACCCUAGCGAUUUUAUUGAAUCAUUCCAUAGGCUCUAGCUUUCUGGAGGAGUUAGUGUGAUCUGUCUUUUGUAGUGUGGACUCCAAUAAUUCCACCAGUAUUUGCCGCUGAUCUUUUGAGUUCAGAUUAGAUAAGGUAGAAGACUCUGCGUUUUAUUAACCUGGCUCGAGCGACCAGGGACCGAACUCUUUAUUACGUUGAUUAAUACGAGUAUGGACACUUUGAACGAUUCGCUUCCGAUGCUUGAGGAACUAGUGAAUUCAGAAGGAUCCAGAAAUCAUUCCAGACUUGCAGACAUGACUACCCUCCACAGUCAACCCCCAGUCACACAAUGUCAAGCGAGCCCUGAACCACAGACGACCAACAUAGGAACAACCACUCCGCUGUCAUCACCUAGCACAACCGCUGAAUCUAACAACGAGUGUAACCACACAGGCAACGGGUCUGAAGAAAACAGUGAAGACGCAAAGGGCCGGCGAAGGCAACGUCGUCAGAGAACACACUUCACAUCACAGCAACUUCAGGAGCUGGAAGCUAAUUUUGCCAGGAAUAGAUAUCCAGAUAUGUCGACGAGGGAAGAAAUAUCGGCCUGGACUAAUCUAACUGAACCAAGAGUAAGGGUAUGGUUCAAGAACAGAAGAGCAAAAUGGAGGAAAAGAGAACGAAAUCAAUUAAACGAAUUAAAACAAGCGGGAUUCGGAUCUCAAUUUCCUGGAGGCCUAGUUCAACCGUUUGAUGAUGGCGGACUUUACCCUAGUUACCCCUACAACAGCUGGACAAAAACUAGCAACCCACUUGGAUCGAAGGGAUUUCCCUGGUCUUUAAAUUCUGUCAAUCCGUUGACGGUGUCGAGUCAACCGAUGUGUUUCACACCGCAGACGACGAUGAGCACAAGCUUUUCGUCCGUGAAUGGGGUAGCUGGCAGCAGUUUGAACAAUUUGAAUAACACAGGGAGUGCUGCUUGCCCUUACGCUUCGCCGGCAGCCCAGCCGUAUGUAUACAGAGAACCUUGUUCGAGCAGCAUUGCUUCUUUACGAUUGAAAGCGAAGCAGCAUUCCACGUCAAUGGGGAGUUUUAACUACCCGGUAGGCAGACAAAAUUCAUCGUUAUCCGCGUGUCAAUACGCCGGUCUCAACGGACCGGCAUGAGUUCAAGACUGAAUUUAAGAUGGACUUUUUUUCGAAGAUGAUUCCCAGAGUAAUUUGAAAUAUGGUGCCUGUACCUAAAUAAGGUGUUUUCUGUUUCUCUAGCACUGUUUAACAACGCACGGCAUUAGGCAUUAUAUGAACAAUACAGUUGGCGAACCUACACUCCUAAUGAAUGUUAUCAAUGUAUAUAAUUAUGACACAUUUGGUGCGUCAGCAGAAUAGAGCCAUCUAUUGACAAAAAUGAACUUCCACUUAAAUUUAAUGUUCUCUUUUGAAAUAGAUAUAUUCAACAUUUUUGUAAGAAAUAACAAAUCGUUCUUUAAGAUGAAAUGAAUUUUUUUUUCUUGUUUGUGCAAAUAUGUUCUACAAAGUAAAACAAGGAUUGUCGCAUUGUUGAUCAAACAGAUGCUAUAUAGACCUAAACCACAGAUCCUAUAUGGCCUAACAAACCGCGGAUUGAUGAGUUGUCUCUUAAAAUUAUAGUCGUGGCUUAUUUUGAAUUACAAUGUCUGGGGAUGCAUUUGUCCAAAAUGAAAUUUGCAUUCAACACAAACAUAUUUCUGUGAUCGUUGUGUUGAAUUAGUGUUUACCAUGGAUGUAAUGUAUUGCUAUACCGAAUGCUUAAGCCCUACCAACCCACCACCGCCUGUUAUUCUGCGCCCCUUCCAGUAGGUUAUAAUAAUAAUAAUAAUAAUAAUAAUAAUAAUAAUAAUAUUGCUAAUUUAUAUUAUGCGCUGUAUAGGUUGAUUCACAUCAAUGCCUUGAUGCUAAAAGCUAUAAAAUGUGUGAGCUAUAUAAACGCAAAAGUUACACUUCCUAAGUUAGAUUUAACGUCUCAUAACCAACUAUGUCCACGGAAUUCUUGCCAGUUAUUAUACACUCUACGCACGUUUAAUUUUUAGCCUUUUAUUCUACUGAAGCUCUUGUAGGAACGUUAAGAAUACCCUGCGCAAUAGAACGUAGAUAAUUUUAGUAUGCAAAUACUUUCAACUUGUUUCUAAAUAUUUCGAAUUAUUUGUAAUUAAACCAAACUUGUUUACUUAAUUGUGACUUUUCAAUUCAACCGUAUCGGUUCUUCUUCAGGCAACGUCUAGAAUAUUCUAAUCGUGUUCAUCAUUUAUUUGUAAUAGGCUGACCAAAUUCAAAAUUGUCCCGUUAUCUUUAAGUGUACGUAUUCUUGCCAGUUAUAUGUAAAAUGCACGGGUUUGUUGUGAAUGAGCGUUAAGACUUGGGAAGCUGUAGGCCUAGGACGUACAGUUGAUUUGAUGCUCAUGGGCAGGGAGACCGGCGAACAAACGAACUUACUGAAUAUAUUAAGUUAUUCGCUUCACAUUGUAACGGUAGAUUGUAAAACGGUCACUAAAUAAUACGAUUAUUAUUGUUAUAACAGCAUUUUCAUAACGGACAGUCCGUUUAGUCAUAUUUAAUACAAUACCUGUAUAAAACUGUAGCAUACAACAAUACGACUGAAUUUUAUUAUGGACGAAUAAUUAUUGGACAAUUGGACAUGGUUAGCUGGGUAUUUGCUGAUUGGCAUAUUGUUGGACAGGUACAAGACAUACUGACGUAUAUUUUACAAUUAAUGUAUUCGGGGUAUUCGCAUCAUAUGUUAUGUUAUGAUUUAUAUAUUGACCAAUAGCAAAAAAGUGUGAAUGCUAUUUGGGUUUGUGCGGUUUAAGUCACUGCGCAAAGAUUAGCAAAGUGACCAAUUAAUUUAAAACAAUGCAAUACAAUGGAAAACAAUUAUGGUUUCUUAAAACUAUUAUCCUCCUUAGCAUCCAUAAGAAUUUGUACAAAUUUGUGUAGGCCUAUAACCAUAAAUUUAAUGUUUAUUAAACACAUUUUCAAUCCGUCAAUUUUAAACUACAUGUGAAGCAUUGAAGGAAUUAUUUUGCUUUUAGUAGAGUCUAUAGUGGUAUUUCGCGUUUUAAAAUGCGCGAAAUAGCACUAUGAAUUUAUAAUACCUCAGAUUUGAUAUUUUCUUCUUUGCACGUAUUUGAAUUAUAAUCAAAUGUAAAACAUACCCGUUUUGCAAAGUUUGUUUUUAUUAAAUGUUAUAGGUCAAAUUGGGAAAGUUAACAGUUUGUAAAUAAAUAUUGUUGGGCAAAUAUAUUAA